AUGUUUGUGCGACAGUUACGGCCUUUGAGCGGCUUGAUAAGCUCCCGGCAGCCAGUGUGUACUUUUCUACGGCCAUUUUCGUCAUCUUUACGACUCCAGCAUCCUCCUCGAGGCGAUGCUCGUCGGAUGAGAGCACGAUUCAGACCUGUCGACACCCAGGAUCCAAACGUGAACCCCAAUGUGGUGCAGCCUGCAUACUACAACCAGGUACCCAACCCUGGCGGAGUGCUUACUGGUGCUGAUGCCAUCACCAGAAUGCUUUCUGAGCCGAUUCUGGUGGUUGAACGUCGUAUGGAGAUGAUGAACCUGAUCCUAGGCUUUGAACAGGCCAACAAAUACAUCAUCAUGGAUGGCAAUGGAAACCAGCUUGGGUUCAUGGAGGAGGAGGAUUUCGGCUUUGUCAAGGCUAUCAUGCGACAGGUGUACAGACUUCAUCGACCCUUCAAGGUCAACGUCUACGAUAACGCAGGCAACCAUCUGCUGACCAUUUCUCGAAAGUUUUCCUUUAUUAACUCCAAGAUCAAGGCUAUUCUUCCCGCUAGCCAGGGCGACGGCAUCAUUAUUGGAGAAUCACAGCAACAAUGGCACUUAUGGAGACGAAAAUACAACUUAUUCCAGCAUCACAGCAAUGACGAGUACGACCAGUUUGCAGACAUUGACGCUCCCUUCCUGAGUUUUGCGUUUCCUGCUCGUGACAGGGAAGGGGCUAUCAUGGGAGCUGUGGAUCGAAACUGGGUGGGUCUGGGACGAGAGUUCUUCACAGAUACCGGUAUCUACGUACUGCGAAUGGACCCUUCGGCCUUUUUGGCCGUUCCUGAUGUCGGUAAGGUUGUGGGACCCAUGACAUUGGAUGAGCGAGCUGUUCUAUUGGCCACCGCCGUUAGUAUUGAUUUCGACUAUUUCUCCAGACACAGUCGAAGCUCGGGAGGACUCUUUUCCAUGGGAGGAGGGGACUACUUUGACGACAUGUCCUAA